AUGACUGACUUUGAAAAAGCCAUAAUCAACGCAUGUGAAGAAGUGUAUCCAAAUACUCCUCUUAGUUGUUGUUUUUUUCAUUUCGGCCAAUCAAUUUAUCGACAAAUUCAGUCUGCUGGUCUUCAAGCCGCAUACAAUGAUCCCGACGAUCGUUCAUUGAAAGUUUACACUCAUAUGAUGCUAGCGUUGGCAUUCGUACCUUUGGCUGAAGUUCCUCGCAUUUUCUCGCUCUUGGAAAAUGAUGCGCCUGAAGAUCUAUUACCAAUUUUUGAAUAUUUUGAAAAAAAUGAUGUUCUUGGUGUAAUAGCUCGAGGAAGAAAACGAGGGUAUCUUCCACGGUAUCCACCAGAAAUUUGGAAUCAACACCAAGCAGCUCUGACUGGUUCACAUAAAACAAACAAUGUAAGUGAGGGGUGGCACAAUCGCUUCCAGCUUGUUAUUGGAAAACAUCAUCCCGACCUUUAUUCUGCUCUCAGUGAUUUCCAAAAAGUACAAGCCGAUGUAGAGAUAAUGAUCUCGGAACUGAGUCUAGGACGAAAAGUUAGAUCUCAGCCAAAAAGAAAAUGUCGGGAUUUUCAAACACGAAUUAUGUCCAUUACUGCUGAUUUUAAUACAUACCAGGACCUACAACUUUUGAGGACGAUUGCGCAUAAUAUUGUUUUGUAA